UCGCGAAAAGUAGUUGAUAGACGGUGCUCUACAAAUUAACAGACAAAUCAUUUUAUUUGCUCGACUCUACCUUUGGUUGAAUUAAUUGACAAACAACUCGGUGAUUUGUGAGUUAAAGUUUUUGAAAGAUUUAUUCGUAUCGAAUUUGGUAUAGUCAGUUUGUGCAUUUCCUCCUUUCUUCUUUUCAAUGUGAUUUUUUCAAUCAUUUUCUGGUUUUAUUUUGAGUUGGUUAAUUUAUGGAGAGAAAAUUGUUUCUGUGUGUUUUGCCACCAACCGUAAAAUAUUGUUUCGAUUAAUUCAUUUCGGUGUACUAUGGACAUAAAAUCCUUGCCGGAAGGACAAAAGCAAACGCUUCAACAGUUACUGGAAAAACUAUUAUCACGCAAUAAGUUUGCGCCAAACGAAAUUGAAAGUUUUGAAAAAUUGAUAAAAAAUGUUCGCGAUGCAAACAAUUUUCAUAAAAUAAUGGAAAAAUUUAAAAUUGGAAGUUUGGAUUCUGAUAUUAUUGAGGAUAAAUUUAAAGAUGAUGAUGAACUUUGUAUCAGUGACACCUCUCGCAAAUUUGGUGGACAAACAUUGACUCCAAGACAUACUAUCGACGCGAUUUUGGGAAUCAAGAACAGAGAACGAAAUAUUGAUGGAAAUGAUCCGAAUGCUACUGAUCUCCGCUGUGCCGCAUUGAACAAUUUAAUAGGAACCGACAAUCAAAUGCUCACAAAAACACACUUCAAUCAUUUGGAACCCGUCGACAAGUAUCAUCAGUUGAAUUAUUCUGCUCAUUUGAAAAAUAUCGACCUAACGUCGUCAGACAGUGGCACAAAUCUGGAGUAUGUGCGUAAUUUGAAAGAAAACAAUAAAUACGUAAUUGAUCCGAAUAAUGCGUACGGUAGCGCCAAUCGGGAAUUUUGUAAUUUAAACGAGUGUCUAAAUAACGGUGCGACUGAUAAAGAAAGCAAUGAGUCUGGACAUUUGUAUGACGAUAAUGUAAAUGAAUUUGACGACUCAUUGUCGAAUAAUGGUGAUAAUAGCAAAGAACUAAUCGACACCAAUAGCACGAAACGGCAACGUUUCGACGAAAUCAACGAUAUGAAUGGCAUGUUAAAGUACAAAAACAAUGGUGAUGGUACCAUCAAAGGAUCGUCCUUUGAUUAUAUGAAAAGUUUUGAGGGCAUUCGAGCCCGAAAUUUUGAUGACAUUCAAAAUGACGAACAUCAGCGUUUACUACCAGGUUCGGGUGAAUAUCGAUUGAAUGCGACUAGUGAUGAACUCAACCGUAAUUGUGAUGAAAAUGGUGCUAGUGCAAGUGUGAAUUACGCAUCCAGUGAUGAUCUUAAUCAGACGAAUUCUAGUGAUCAUGGAGACAAGGUUUUAUCGGGCAGCGAGGAUGAAAGUAACGCACCAGAUGAUGCCUGCAACAAGAAAAAACAUCGACGUAAUCGUACUACAUUUACAACAUAUCAACUACACGAACUGGAACGAGCUUUUGAAAAGUCUCAUUAUCCAGAUGUCUAUUCUCGUGAAGAGCUGGCGAUGAAAGUGAACCUACCGGAAGUGAGAGUUCAGGUAUGGUUCCAAAAUCGUCGAGCCAAAUGGCGUCGUCAGGAAAAAUCCGAAAGUUUACGUCUCGGACUAUCACAUUUUUCUCAAUUACCCCAUCGUAUGGGCUGUAACGGAGGCAGUCUACCAAUGGAUCCAUGGUUGUCACCUCCAUUGUUGUCAGCUUUACCAGGUAUAUGUUUUCUCUCGCACCCACAAACUGUUUAUCCCAGCUACCUGACACCAUCACUCACCCUUGCGCCGUCCAAUCUCACAAUGAGCAGUCUAGGUCUCAGCCAUCAUAACAGUCCGCAAAGUUUACGAAUAUCACCACAGAGUAUGUCAACGCUAUCCCCACAAAUGAGUGCACCACCAAAUAUGCGACUAACGCCGCCACAACAAAACGGUCAGGGACCACAGGUGCCACCGCCACACAAUUUAUCGAUAAACAUUCAGCGACACACCCCACCGAACAAUAAUAAUAUUCCACUUUCGUCACCGCAAAAUCUCUCGAUGUCUCCGUCGCAUGGUGUACGAAUGACGCCACCGGUUGGUAUGCGUAUACCUACAUCGUCGCCGCACACUUCGAAUCCUUCGUCGCCGGAUAAGCACUCGUCGAAAAUGUCCGACACAAUCGAUGUGACCGAUAUGUGUAGCAAGGACAAUGCGGUUAAUAUGACCAUCAACAAUUCGGAUAUGCGAACCAAUUCGAUUGCGACGUUACGCAUUAAGGCUAAAGAGCAUUUGGAGAGUUUGAGCAAAGGACUCACCCGGGUGUAAUGUAAUCGAGCCGGGAAAAGUGUGUCAGAUACGUAAGAAAAGCCCAGUGAUCGGAUGGUGUUAUAUAUACAUAUUAGAAUUGGUGACCGAACCAGUCUAUCGGAAAGUUCUUUUCAAAUUGUAAUUUUAUGAAAAAAGAAAUUUGUACUUCAGUGUGCGUUCGUCGUUACUUAAGCAAAAUAAUUUUUUUUAAUCAACAAAAUUUGAGAGAAUAUUUUCCGUUUUCCUCUUUUAAUUCCUUACUAAACCGUACGUGUAAAUAUAAUAAAUGUGUCCCUUCGGAUUAAUUUGCUCUUCUGUUGUGACUUAGCCUAAUUACAUAUUUUAUAGUGGACCACAAGCAACAAAAUUUAUAUUGUUUGAAAGUGAAUUUAAUUAAAAAUUAGAAAAUAA